AGACCUAUACUUAAUACACGAAACAACUUUCAAUAAUAUGUAAGCAGCACAAUAAUUGUGAAAGUUAAUACACAAUUUUAAAUUUUUUUAAAUUUGUUUUCCUGGGUUAAAUUUUGCGAUGAUGCGUUGGGAAUAGCCAGGUUAGGGGAGGACUUCUGACUGAGUACCGGAAAAAGUUCCCAAGCUGCUUAGCUGCUUUAAAUUAAACCUGUUCGGAAUUGUGCAAUAUUAAAUAAUGUUUAUAUCAGAAAUACGCACGUAAAUUAUUUGUUCCAGAUGCUAAUUUAUUUCGCACUUUACAAUGUUGCUAUCCUCUGUGGGCAAUACUUCUUUCAUUUGUUUAGAUACAUACGGGACAUUUGUGAAAACAUACUUAGUCUUUAUGUAAAAUUUCAAAUAAAAAAUGUUAAAAAAAAAAGAAAUAUAUACACAUACACACACACUCUGAAUGGAAAGCUCAGGCAAGUGUAUUCACUUCUGGCCGCGUGUUAUGUUUUUUGUUGAAGAAUUCCUUGAUGUCAAACUGAGAAUAACUGAGAAAUAACUGCAUAAAAUAAGAAAAAAUAUAAUAAUUCAAACAGUUGCAACGCCAGUAACAUAUUAAUCAACGUGUGAAACAAAGCAUAUAUAAAAAUUUAAAAACAGUUAACCGCCUCCCCCACCACACACCAACAUCCAUAUAGUUGACAUCCAUCUAACCCCACUAGGCACAGUCUCUUACAUUCUCACUUGCGCUGCCUGCUCUGGGACAGUGGAGUGAAAGAUGUUUAGAGAAGAGGGUCAGUGAAUGAAGUGGUGGACUCAUCCUCCUUACUCAUUGGCUCGAGGCUCCUCCCCCCAACCCCGGAGUAAGACUCUAUUUGAGCUUUCGGGACUCCGGCGAAAAAACAGACACAUGAGUUACGGAGCUGAGGGCAGCUCCUCCACCCCCGCACUCCCCAUCCAUUGACAGAACCAAGACCGCAUCACCGCCAGGACCGGGCCUCGACCAUCCGUCACCACUCCACCGCGUGGACCGUUCCGGUUUGUUUUGAGCUUUCAAAUUACCGUUCGGAGGAAAGCGGUCGCUGCUCUUUCGCUCGACUAUGAGGGUCUGUUGGACUUGACUUGCGGCUUUGAGAAGCAGGACUGUGCUAGGGACCUCUUUCAGUUGUGUGGCUGCUAGGAACUUUCGGCUGUGCGGCUGCAUCGCCCCCCCACUCGAAGGCAACGAAAGUCGUGCCCGGCCGGGUCAGGAGCAAAGUGGCAGAGAUAAGGCUCGCCGACCUGGGCGGACCGAUGGGGUCGGACAUGCGGGACCUGAACGCCCUGCUGCCGGCCGUGCCGGCGCUCCCGGGGGGCGGGGGGAGCUGCGCGCUGCCCGUCAGCAGCGCCCCUCAGUGGGCCCCCGUCCUGGACUUCCACGGCGGCUCGCCGUACAGCUCCCUCCCGUCCCACCACCCCUUCAUCAAGCAAGAGCCCGGCUGGACGGCGGCCGACUCCCACGAGGACCCCCACUGCGGCCUCAGCGCCUUCACCGUGCACUUCUCCGGGCAGUUCACCGGGACAGGGGCCUGCAGGUACGGGGCCUUCGGGGCCCCCCCGCCCAGCCAGCCCCCCGGCAACCAGGCCAGGAUGUUCGCCAAUGGACCCUACCUGCCCAACUGCGUGGACAGCCAGCCGGCCCCCAGGAACCAGGGUUAUGGCGCAGUGGCUUUUGACAGCGCCCUCAACUAUGGUCACACUCCGUCACACCACACCUCCCAAUUCUCCAACCAGACCUUCAAGCAUGAGGACCCUCUAACUCAGCCAAGCAACAUGGGUGAGCAGCAGUUUCCAGCGCCGCCUCCUGUGUACAGCUGCCACACCCCUUCUGACAGCUGCUCCACCAACCAGGCUCUGCUCCUGAGGAAUCCCUACAGCAGCACUGACUUCAUGCAAAUAACUUCGCGUUUGGAAUUCACAACAUGGAGCCCUGCUAGCAUACUGGCAUUCAUCAUGAAGGGGUAUGUCAGUUGGUCCUCCUCCUCUUUGGAGUGGGUUGGUUGUUCCAACCAUGCCACGGGCUACGAGAGCGAGCCCAGCACGCCCAUGGUGUACAGCUGCAGCACCCAGUACCACAUCCACACCCACGGAAUGUUCCGAGGCCUCCAGGACGUCCGGCGGAUGCCUGCCAUAACCCCCUCCAUCAUGAGGUCAUCAGAGACCAAUGAGAAACGGCCAUUCAUGUGCGCAUACCCUGGCUGCAACAAGAGAUACUUCAAACUGUCCCAUCUCCAAAUGCACAGCCGUAAGCACACAGGAGAGAAACCCUACCUGUGCGACUUCACAGACUGCGGCCGGAGGUUCUCAAGAUCUGACCAACUGAAACGGCAUCAGAGGAGACAUACAGGUGUAAAACCUUUCCAAUGUGAGACCUGUCAGAGAAAGUUCUCACGAUCUGACCAUCUGAAGACCCACACCAGGACUCAUACAGGUGAGAAGCCAUUCACCUGCAGGUGGCCAAACUGUCAGAAGAAGUUUGCCAGGUCUGAUGAGCUGGUGCGUCAUCAUAGCAUGCACCAGAGGAACCUGACAAAGCUGCAGCUGGCCAUGUGACGUGGCUGACCAAUGACUGUCCUGGAACGAACGUUUUUGCUGAACAAGGGCUCAAACCGUGACAGAGGCCGUCACCUAGCGCUGAUGGGUAGGAGCGCAUCUAGGCUGACGGCACUGGUGCUGGUUACCCUAAAGUGCCUUCCCAUACUUGCCAAGGCACGGACAUCGGCUAGCAGAAACCAAUGUGUUUUGUGUUAAAGCGUGCACCUCCAUUACAUACGGAGGUUAAUAACUCCUUUCACUUUCUGUAGUUAUUGUUAAAAUGCAGUCUUGUGUGUGCCUUUUUGAAAAAAAAUUGAAUAGACCGUGUGCUGUCUGCGACAAACAUAUUUAUUUUUUUAAUAAAAAUGUCAGCUUCUAUAUCAGUCUGCUUAAAGAGA